CAACCAUUUUGUGUAAAUAAUCAACGUUUUGUCAAAAUAUGAUUAAGACACUUGUUUAAAAAGUACUCUACCUAAAAGAGCUCUGGACUAGAUGAUCCCACAGACUGAAGGUUUAUAAUAAAAACACAGAUUUUUAAAACCUUUAUAUUCUAUUUGUGAACAUGCAUUAAAGGCACAUUUAAAAAAUUUUACGGCGUGUAGUUAUCUCAUCAUUAUCAUGUAGUUAUUAUCAUUAUUAUUUAUUAUAGUUAUUAUCAUUAGUCCAGGUCUAGUUCAACUACUUAAACUUCUAAAAUCUGGACUAGAUUAAAUAAUCUAUGAAACCAGAACAUUCAAUAAAACAGUUUUUGAUUUUUGAAACAUGCAUUCUAUUUGUGCAAAUACAAUAAAAGGCACAUUUAAACCUUUUUUAGACAUGUGGUUCACAGUUCAGGUCCAGAUUUUUUUAAUUUUAAGGGUUUGUUAGAUAAUUUAGUCCAGGUUUGAGAACUUUAAAUACAGAGGUUUUUAAUUUGGACCUGGACUACAGUUGUUCCCUCGCCACAUUGCUCUUCAAAUAUUGCGACUUCACAGCAUUUGCAGAUUUUUUGGGGAUGAUUUAUAUUUUUAAAGAAUAUAUUACAAAUAUUUGGUCCUGAAUUAAGCAUUUAUUCAAGAAUAAAAAUGGCUAAAUAUACUAAAAAUAACAAUACUACAAUAGUUUUGGCCACUGGAGACAACCAAACCAACCAGAGUUCGUUGUUUGGUAUCGUGGCCACUGAUUGGCUCAGCCUCAGGCAGCAAUGCUGUAUUGGAUUAAAAGAGUGCGAAGGUGACCAAAUUGUGUUAUUUCAUGUCUAAAAGGUUUUCAUGUUGAAAAACAUAUUUAGAAGGGUGUAAAUAGUUUAUGUUCUAGCUGUGAACAUAUUUGAUUUAUAAUUAAUAAUUCCUACUUUGCAGAAUUGUAUUUAGCGCAGUCAUGUCUGGAACCAAUUAGCGAUAAACGAGGGAUGACUAAUGUGCUACUUGCUUAAAAAAUGGGUGAAUAUGUGUUUAUUAUAGUUUAGAGUAGAUCAAAGGUUUCACAAAUCACAAACUUUGGUGUAUCCAUUGUUUACCAAUAAUUAUGUUUGAUACAUUGUUGUAUUUGUUGCUAAUUUGCACAAGUGACACAAUUAUUGUAACAUUUCAAGUAAAAGGUGUAAAUUGUAAUAAUAGUAUUAGUAAUAAUUAUUCAUAAUUAAAAAAAAAAAAAUACAGAAAAUUUGCUGUGCUCUGCGGUUCACAAGUUGCAGUUGUGUAUUUUACGCUUGAAAAGAGUUUGUCCAUUCUGAACGUUUAUGUUCCAGCACGUUUAGAGCCUUUGUGAACUGUUGAGAAUUAGAAACGGUGAGAGAUUAUCAUCACACUUAAACAUCUCUAACAUGUACUGUAAAUGCUGCCUCUUUGCUAGGUCAGCAUUGCAAGUGAAAACUUGUGUUUUUAAUUGCCUUAACCUGGAAACGUUAAUGUUAAAUAAUUAUGUAAAUGCAUGUAAAUCGCUAAGUAAAUAUUUAUAUACUACAUUACCCAGAAGGCUUAGCGCUGUCACCGAAACAGCAAGUAGGUCUUGAAUUUGCAUGAAUUGAGGCAAUCCCAAAAUCCUGGCGGGACAGUUCAUUUGUGUAUUUCAAACAACUUGAAAUGUGGAAUGUGCUUAUCAGAAUGUUAUGUUACAGAGAGACACCACCUACAUUGGUGUGUACUUAACCAUCAUCCUCAGGAAGAUCAAGAAGUUGAUUUCCUCCCAAGUGUAAUUUCUCUGGAGUCCUCAAUGCAAUAAUGUCCAGGCACAUCGGAAGCACCCUGACUGUGGACAGAAGGAGACUGAGGAGGAUCAUUGCUGAAAACCCAAACUGGUCCUUGGGCCUAAUUCCCUUUUUAUCAAACCUCUGCCUUGAAUCUAUCGUGAGAAACUAUGAAGGAACCCCCAUCUAUGAGGAGCUUAGACCCAGCCAGAGAGUCUUCGUGCAGGAGAGACUGUCCAUAAAUCUGCCACUUCCUGUGACCGCCAACUCCAUCGAUGAUGGCGUCUACUGGAAGCGAUGCUGUGAGCAGCGGUGGGAAAUUUGCGACGUGUCUCGUUACGGCAACAGCUGGAAGCGCAUGUUCUUCGAGAGGCACCUGGAAAACAUUAUUGAGCAAUUCAUCCCGGAGACGAGUCACCUCAAGGUGAUCACAGACGCCAUUCCUCUAUGCGAGAGGUACGUGAAGAAGCUGGACAUCUCCCAAAUGCUGCCGCCCAUCAAGGAAGUCAAGCCGGGAAAGCAGGAAGAGGAAAUGGACUUGCUGAGUGAAGCGGACUCGGACGCGGCUCUCAUGGAACACUUUGACUUCCGUAACCUCCUGAACAAGCUGAGUAACCUGGAGGAGGUCCACUUGACCUACUGGGUCAAACAGUGUGGAAUGAACUUUGAAUGGAGGAUGUUCGAGAUGGCGGAACGGGACUGUGAGACUCUCUCCAAGGCUCUUGCAUCCUGCAAGGUCUUGAAAGUGGUACGACUCUAUGAAAGCCACAUCGAUGAUAGCAAAUGCAAGAUGCUGGCCAACACCCUAGUCAACCACCCCUCCCUGACGGAGCUCAACCUUUCGCACAACAUCAUCGGGGACAAGGGGGCCAAGGCGGUCAGCAAGCUGCUCCAAAGCAGCAAGCUGGAGGUCCUGAACAUGAGCGACAACGUCAUUCGAGACGCGGGAGCCAACGCCAUCGCAGACGCCCUGGCUAAUAACUGCCCGUUGUUGUCCCUCAACCUGCGCAUCAACCGCGUAAGCGACGAGGGCGGGCAGGCCAUCGGCGUUGCCUUACUGGGAAACAAGACCCUGCUCCACCUGCACCUGGGAGCCAACCUGGUGACCGGGCCUACCGCCAUCAAACUGUCAGAGGUGCUGGCUAAAAAUCAAACCCUGAAGAGCAUCAACCUCUCCUGCAACAAACUGGGUGUGGAUGGAGGAAAAGCUCUGGAGGAGGCCAUUUCUCAAAACGGCUGCUUAACACAAUGUGAUGUCCGACUGACGGAGGUCGACGAGCAGAGCGCCUCCGUUAUCAACCAGGUGGUUCGGACCAAUGAGAGAUUGGAACGACAGAAAUUAUUAACACAAGGAGCCAAAUCACCUGCCUGACAGUCUUCAGAGCACACAACAUCAAAACACAGGAGAAGAGACUCUUGACUGCAAAGAUUAGAUGGUAUUAUUGUGGUAGAGUGUUAUAUGAAGUGUUUUAUCAAUCUUUUGUAAAAACGUUUGAUCUAGCUUUUUGCAUGCAAGUGAAUACGGUUGUGCAAUGAUGUGUGGAAUGUCACAAGACCAUUGAUAUUGUGUCUUGUGGAGAAAAAAAAUGCAACUGUACAAUUUACAAUUGUAUUUUCUUUUGUCUUUGAAAGCUCCCCUUUAGUAGGUCUAAUAUCAGUAGCGGAUGUUCUUAUUUCGACAUUGGGUUCAGCACCCAGGCUAUAAGAAAACACAAAAAAGGUAGGAUAACAUAUUAUUUUCAUCGAAUCAUAGCAUGUGCAUAAUUACACUGCAACAUGCAGUGACAUCAAUGCUGAUAAAGGUUUUUAUUUUUAUGCAGAGCCUAAUAUCGAUCGAGUUUGCAGCUGUACCUAAUGUUGUGACCGGGUGAAUCUAAAUAAUGUUUUAGAAGUUUUUUUUCAAAGGUGUCUGGAAAAAAAAUAGCGGUGACAAUUCCAGGACAUCUAUUUUAAACAGUGUACAUUUGCAAAAGACAAAUUAUGAAUCUUUUGGGGAUGGAGAUGCGUGAUUUUUGCAUUUCUUGGAACGCCUCAGGAAUCACAUGCCCGAGUCGAGCAUUUUAGGAGAGACUUGUAUUCAUCCCACAAUGGGGAAAUUACAUUAUUGCAGUGCAGGUUUUUACAGACGGUAACAAAAGAAAAAC